CGUGACGCAAUGUUUACCCGGAGAGUGAUGACGUGACCGGGUGCGCAGGUUCUGGUGACGUUCUCCGGCGUGUGUGGGUCGGGAGGCCAGCGGCAUCAGCUGGCGGGUGGCGACGGCCGGGGGGAGGUAUUGUGCUGAAAAUGGAAAAAACAAUGAAUCCAGCAAGGUGACAUCUUUUAAGGUUCACUAAGGAUUUAUAUUGAUUUGGAACUACUUGGAAUCUGGACUUGCUGCGCUUAUCCAGUCUGGGCUAAGUCAUUUGCAAUUCAGUGCUGUAAUACAAUGCUUCCUGUCAGCUCCACUCAAAACCUUCCCUUGCAUCAGUAUUGCUAAUUAAACUUGGGAGCAACUUUGACUUCCUAAGAGGAAAAAGUCCUGCCAUAUUUUCUAUUUUUAAGAAUUUUAUCAUUAAAUAAGUUUUCAGAAAUUGGUAGACAUUAGUCAAGUACUUUAGAAAGAAAUUAAAAGUAAUUUUGAAUCAUAUUUGUGACCUUUGGAGUAUAAUUCAAGAUCAUGAAAAGACCAAAUAAACAUCGACAGCUCCAGUUUUUCAGCCUCUUCAGCAGAAAGCCCAAAUCUAAAGCAAAACUUGAGAUGUCUGCUGUCACGGUCGAGGGAAUAAACACUAAAACAGAGACUGAGAAUGAGAAAAAGAUGACCUCUUCGAAUAGAACAAUACAGUCCUCCAGUAAUGAACAGUUAUUAGGCACUCUGGAGUGUCCUCUUUGCCUUCUUAGCCAGCCUCGAUCCCAGUUCCCAGAGAUCAUUUCUUGUCAUCACCGUUCUUGUCUGGAUUGCUUACAACAAUAUUUGAAAAUUGAAAUUACAGAGAGCAGGGUCAACGUUGCUUGUCCGGAGUGUUCAGAAUUGUUUCAUCCAUCGGACAUCCGUAUGAUUCUCAACAACAGCACUUUGAUGGAAAAGUAUGAAGAAUUCAUGCUGCGAAGAUACCUUGCAUCUGAUCCAGAUGCCCGAUGGUGCCCUGCACCCGAUUGUGGUUAUGGAGUAAUUGCCAGUGGCUGUGCAACCUGCCCAAAGCUGACGUGUGAGCGCUCUGGCUGUGCGACUGAGUUCUGUUAUCACUGUAAACAACUGUGGCACCCGGACCAAACCUGCAGUGAAGCUCGUAAACAGAGAGAUGUGUUUGUGACUACGAUAGAAAAGCACUCUACCUCUCUUAUUCACAGCGAAGAAACGGACAACGUUGAAGAAAUCAAGCCGUGUCCACGAUGUGGUGCGUUUAUCCUGAAGAUGAACGAUGGGAGCUGCAACAGGAUGACCUGUGCUGUGUGUGGUUGCCAGUUCUGCUGGCUGUGCAUGAAGGAAAUUACAGACCUGCACUACCUCAGUCCGUCCGGUUGCACCUUCUGGGGGAAGAAACCAUGGAGUCGGAAGAAGAAGAUUCUCUGGCAAGUGGGCAUGUUGGUCGGUGCUCCGGUUGGCAUUACACUGAUUGCUGGCAUUGCUGUUCCGGUUAUGAUGGUCGGUCUCCCUAUCUACGUGGGACGAAAGAUCUACAGUCGUUGUGAAAGUAAUAAGAUCUCAAAUCAUAGACGAAGACUUGCUGUGGCUGGAGGAGUUGUUUUGUCCAUCAUCGUGUCUCCUGUGUUAGCUGCCGUGACAGUUGGUAUUGGCGUACCUAUAAUGCUGGCAUAUGUUUAUGGAGUUGUCCCAGUUUCGCUCUGUCGGAGUGAUUGGUGUGGAGUUACAACUGGAAAUGGAAAAGGUGUAAAGAUUGAAAUAGAUGAAGAUGCUGCCUCUGUUAAUGAGCCGCGGCCAAGGUUACAUAACCACAGUAUCAGUGGUAGCAGCGUACAAGAGGUAACCAGUGGCCUGAGUGCAAGUGGAAGCAAUCUGGACAGGGCAGGAGUGAAACUGGAGAAUGACCAAUCUGGAAGCACAGUAGCAUUAGCAGGAAGCAUGCUCAGCGCUGAGCAGGAUUCUUCAAACAGGGAAGGAAAAAACAUCGAGGUCCAUGUGGAUAUCGAGACAGAGCCUGGUGGGGCAAAAGACCACAGUAGCAGUAGCUACUUGUCUGUUCACAGCUUGUCCAUGGAAUCACCACACUGUUCUCGAGAACUGUUAUGCAGCACUAGCCCAAACACCGAAAGGAUUUCCGUUCAAACUUGUGUAUGAAAGCCUUUAAACACUAGCGCUUUUCAGGAUUGAAUGUGCCACCUUCUCCCUCUGGUUGGUGAAAAUCCACUGAUAUCUCUGUGCUUGAUUAUUCAAACUGUGGCAACAGCAAUUUGACGUUUUAAUUACGACAUUGUGCUGUGACAUUUGUCUUCUGAGAUAAUUGCUGAGGUGCAAACCUGCAGUCCCACCACUGGCCGACUCUGGAGCUGUCUGCACAGUGUAAUAUUGCCAAUUCUAAAGGCCUUUUGCUGCGAAGGAUCGCUGUUGUUUUAAUGGAAGUACCAAGGAAGUAUAAAUCUAGUUAGAGUAGAGUUUUCUACAGUCUCUGAUUAUGGUUCCCUUAAACAGAGACCAUCGAGUGCCAGAAGUAUGUGUUUUCAGUAUGUGGAGUUGUCGGGAGCAACUGAACAGAAUUGACUUCCACAAGACUUUGAAAGCAUUGCAGGAAUAUACACCGAUUAUAUUAAAAGCUUCGAAGUACUCAGCAGACGACAUUAGCCUGCAAGAAUUUGGAACAGCAUGUUUAAUAUCUCAAAUGUGCGCAAUAGCAGUGAAUAAGUUACCAGGUGUUAUUGUUGAAUUAAACGAGUCAGCUUUAGCUUUGUAUCGGCCAGGAGGAAGUGUUAUUUUGGUAAUUAAAAGCAAGGUUUGGAGCUAAAUAGUCAGAUGGACCCUUGAUAAUCUUUGUAAAAUGGACAUAUUCCAAUCUCUAUUCUAAAUUGCAAACCUUGGUUGCAGCACAUUUUGAGCAUGUCCUGUCAGAAUGAAGGGCCGUUACCUGCUGCUGUGUUGAAUUGUGCACCAAAGAUUGACUGGAUCCAUCUGCAAAAACUGGUUCCAUAUCUUAAAGGAGCAUUCCUUUAUAAACUGAUUCUUAUUGCUGUCAUCAUAACAAUGACGGCUCUUCCCCCAAAGUUUCAACUGUUGAUUUAUGUGAAUAGCACUGAAGAACUGCGGCGCUGCGGUAGCGUAGUGGUUAGGGCGACGCUAUUACAGCUCAGGGCGUUUGGGAGUUCGGAGUUCUAUUCCAGCGUCCUCUGUAAGCAGGUUUGUACAUUCCUUCCCGUGUGUGCGUGGGUUUCCUUCCACGGUCAAAAUCCGUACCAGUUAGUAGGUUAAUUGGUCAUUGUAAAUUGUGCUGUCAUUAGGCUAGUGUUAAAUAGGUGGGUUGCUGGGCAGUGCGGUUCAGUGGGCUGGAAGGGCCUGUUGCACGCUGUUUCUCUAAAUAAAAUAGCCAGGCCAGGUCUCUGUUGUGCCAUAUCCUUGCACCCAAAGUGCGAUUGCCUUCGUCUUGAAGAUUACACUACAGAAAUUGUGUGUCACUUACAGGUGGCAAAAGCAGGCUGACCAAGCCUAACGAAAUGGUGGAUUCUUGAAAAUAAAAGGAUGCCUUGUGUUACAAGUCUUUUUUUAAAUAAUUGUUCAUAAAUCACUAAGUGAAUAUUUUGCAGUAUUCUCAAUGUGUUUUGUAAAGUCUGUUGUCAAGGGAUGCUCCUUUAAAACUGCAUGAUUGCUUUCAUUUAAUUUAGAACAUAAUCCAAUCUAAAAGCAUAUAUUGUCAAUAUUCAUUGUAACUUCUGCUUUUUGCUGUUGUAUGAGCAUAACCAAUGUGCACAUGUCAUUAUGGCAGCUGAGAUAUUAAACAUAAUUGGCAUUCA